UAGGAAAGUGACAGUGGGCCCACAUGAUAUGGUCAUCUAGACAGCAAAUGUUUACUUUCCAAAAAAAGUGUAUGGUUUAUGUCAUGAUAGCCAUUAUUCAUGACAAAAGAUACAUUCAAGUUGAGAUUCUGGGCUCCCAAAUUGUCAAAAAUCAGUUUCAAACAUGAAAUAAGAUGUUAGAACAUUAGUACAUUAAACAGUAUAUCAAAAACUAUAUUAAAGGUGAGACAGAAAGAAUAUAGAAAGUGAGAAAGGGUAAAAGACUAAUAAAAGGGAGAAGAAAUUUUGAAAGAAAAGCAGAAACCAUGAUUGGAUGAUUUCCUUCUGAUGUCACAAUUACUCUACUCAACAGUAAAUGUAAAAAUUAGAAAAGACCCACCAAGUUAAAGUGUAAAAUAGAGGGAGGACCCCCACCCAUGCCUUCCCAUCAACACAGGAUGUGCCUCCUCUCAUGCUAACAUUCUGGUUGGAACUGACACUGGCUCAUUUUUGUAUAGUUUACCUACGUCUCCAGCCUCGCUUUAAAUUUACUCAGUAAGAAUCUACGUGUGGAUAAGAUACCCAAGUGAACUAAAUGAACUUUAGAGAAGCACUAGGUGUCUAGAAAACAUACAAACUCCAGUGGGAAUCAAGUUUUUAAAGCUCAUCUGGACUUGGCAGUGGACUUUCGUUUUGGAGGUGAUAGUCAUAAGGUAGAGAUGAGGUCACAGAGCCUGGUUCAUAGGACUUUUACAUACCGUGUGAAGUAAUUACAAAUCCGGGAAAUGAUGCUGCAAGCAAAUGUUGGACAAGCCACUCUCAUGAUAGAACACCAUUUACAGCACUUAAGGAAGCAUCCUACACAACUGAUCAUUGAAGUUUUUCUAAAAAACAGUAGCCAAUCACAAGUGGAUGUGGUCUUAGGUGAGUCUAAUCACUUGAAAAGCAAGCUUGUCUGCAGCAGACUUAUUCUUCAGGGAAAACUCACUGAAUUUGUGGUUGCCAGACUUUGGAAAACCAGGGGUUCCUACUGACUUGGAUGUUGAUAGAUCUUUCAGAGCUUCCAUAGAAACAUGGAUUCAGACACCUUGCAAACCUUCCACAGUGAACUUAUCUGUACCAUUUGCAUGAACUACUUCAUAGACCCUGUCACCAUAGACUGUGGGCACAGCUUUUGCAGGCCCUGCCUCUCUCUCUACUGGGAGGAAUCCCCUACUCCAAUGAGCUGCCCUGAGUGCAGGGAAAUAUCAGAGAAGACAAACUUCAAAACCAAUCUUGUACUCAAGAAGCUGGCUUCCCUUGCCAGGCCGGCCAGACCUCACCAGGGCCACAUCUCAGAGGAGCAGAUCUGUGUGGCCCACCUGGAAGUGAAGGGGCUCUUCUGUGCGGCUGACAAGACACUGCUCUGUGGGCCCUGCUCCGAGGCACCAGAGCAUGCGACUCAUGGCCACCCUCCAAUAGAAUGGGCUGCCGAGCAGUGCCGGGACUAUGCAGCCUUGAGGAAGGUGAUGAUUGAAGCUGAAUAUCAGAAGAUUCAUCAGUUUCUCCAUGAGGAGGAGCAACUCCACCUGGAAACACUGAACAGAGAAGCAGAGGGGGUUUUCCAACAACUCAGAGACAGUGAAAUGAGAAUGACCCAACAGAAAGAAAAGAUGAAAGACACAUACAGAUUGUUGGCUGAGAUGUGCCACAAGCCAGACAUGGAGUUGCUCCAGGAUAUGGGAAAUGUAUUAGAAUGGACCAAGUCAGUGCUGGUGCAAAAGCCCCAGCCGGUGAACCCAGAGCUCACGUCCUGGCGCAUCACUGGACUCCUCGACAUGCUGAACACGUUCAGAGUACACAGUUCUCUGAGUAAGAAGACAGCCAGUCACUAUAUGAGGCUUUCUGAAGACGUGAGAAGUGUGAUAUUUGGAGCUGAACAUUAUGGUGUGCCCGUGGAGCCCCAGAGAGCCAAGAGCCUUGCUGCAUGGGGAGCUCAGACCUUCACCACUGGCAGGCAUUAUUGGGAAGUGGAUGUGACACACUACUCCAGCUGGGUUCUGGGAGUCUGCAAAGAUUCCUGGACAAGAGAUAACAAUAACAUUCUUGGCUUUGAGGAAGCAUAUUUUUUAUUUUCUUUGAAGAGGAACAAUCUUUGUAGUAUCUCCAGCAACUCCCCUCCUUUAGCUUUGUAUAUGCAAAGGCCUCUGGGUCGGGUUGGGGUUUUUCUGGAUUAUGACAAUGCAACCGUGAGCUUCUAUGAUGUUUGUAAAAGUUCCCUCAUAUAUAGUUUUUUUCCUUCCUCAUUCUCUUCCCCUUUAAAGCCUUUCCUUUGCCUUGGUUCCCCAUGAAGUAUCAAGUUUCGUGAUGAUUUCCUGGUGAACUCCCAUGUCUCAGGAAACUACAGUCCAGAGACCUUCUCAUGUUAAGAGUUAGAACUAUGCAUUUCUGUCCUCAAGCUCAUUUUAACUUAAGGAAACAUAAUUACUAUCUAGUUAUAACCAUGAUGAAUGAAUAAAUUUUUUAUUAAAUUUUAUUUUAAUAAAGAGUUGUACAACCAUUA